UUGGUAGCAAUGAUGGCACCUCGCCUACCCUUUCGCAUCUCGUGUAGGCGAUUCACAUCUUCUGUUUACAAAUAUUACAAAUCAAAUGUCAGCUGUCAACUUCUUGUUAAACUGUUAUUAAAUAUUUAACUCUUCACGGUUUGCUAAUUAUUUUCAGUUUUCUGGAUCGGCAAUUAUAAAAAUGAAAAUUUACAAUCUCUACAUAUUCAAUAACUCUGGAACCCUUUUGCAUUAUGCAGAAUGGAAUCGGACAAAACAGUCGGGUAUAACAAGAGAACACGAAGCAAAGCUGAUGUAUGGAAUGUUAUUCUCUAUCAAAUCUUUUGUGGCAAAGAUGUCAUUGACCGACACCAAGGACGGUUUCUUGUGCUACAGAACCAACAAAUAUGCUCUGCACUUCUAUGAAACCCCGACUGGCAACAAAUUUGUGUUGAACACGGACGCCACAGCCGGAAGAAUGACUGAUUUCCUGAAAAAUUUGAACUCUCAGAUUUUUGUUGAAUAUGUGGUGAAGAACCCUACAAUAGAUCUGAAGCAGCCGAUUAAAAGCGACCUGUUUUCUGCCAAGUUGGACGCCUUCAUUAAAAGUUCACCAUUGUAUGUGAGUUGAAGAAUGAUCACGCAGGGCUGUUAAUAUGAAUUUUGUUAAAUAAUUUAAUUAUUGAUACUCAUUAAAUCAACUUUAUUUUAUUCAUUAAAAUGUAUUUAAAAUAAAUUGUCAAUUAAGUGCUUAA